UCCCAACAGUUAGCACAUGCUGAACAUCAUAUAUCAGCAUUACAGCAAUGUGAAUGUCGAAAAAAUUGUAUUGUAAAUGGAUCUCUGCAUCCUGAUGGUUCAACCUGGGAGCAUGAGUGUGACAUAUGUUCUUGUGUGCAUGGUGAAAUAAAAUGUUUACCAGUUACUUGUCCAUUAGUCCCAUGCAAAAAGCCUAUAAUUCCUCCUGGAGAAUGUUGUCCUGUUUGUCCGAAGAAGUGCCUGCUUGAAGAAGUUCCUUAUGACCAUGGUGAGCGUGUUAGUCCAGUUCAGUGCGCAACUUGUGAAUGCAGAAAUGGUAGUAUGCAUUGUUGGCGAAUUGAUAAUGAAACUUGUCCUAAUCUUACAUGCCCUGAAGAACAGCAGUUUCGUGUUCCUGGUGAAUGUUGUCUGUUUUGCCCAGGUGUUGAUUUUUGUAGUAAAGGUCAUGAUUGCCAUGAAGAUGCAAAAUGUAUCAAUUUAAGAACACAGUAUAUGUGCCAAUGCAAUAAUGGUUUUCAGGGAGAUGGCACACAAUGUGAAGACAUAAAUGAGUGCCAAAGGGAAGGUGGACAUGAUGGUCAUCAUUGCCGAGAAAACACUGUAUGCGUGAAUCUACGUGGAGAUUAUGUUUGUGAAUGUCUUCCUGGAUAUAAACGAGUUGAUAAAUAUAAUUGUGUUGAAAAUGAUGAAUGCAGUUCUGGUGAACAUGACUGUCAUGAAAAUGCUCUUUGUAUAAAUACUGCUGGAAGUUAUACUUGCCAGUGCUUUGAUGGCUAUUCUGGAGAUGGUUAUGCCUGUGAACCUGUAUGUGUGAACACCUGUCUGAAUGGUGGUCAGUGUGUUGCACCUGAAACAUGUUCUUGUCUACAUGGAUACACUGGAUUAAAUUGUGAAACAGAUAUUGAUGAAUGUUCCCUUGGUCUUCAUAUGUGUCAUCCUAAUUCGCAGUGCGUCAAUAUGCCAGGAUGGUAUUACUGUCAGUGUAGGCAGGGCUUUGAAAGCCAUCCAGAAGACAAUCUUGGAGCCUUUUGCCAAGAUAUUGAUGAAUGUCUCACUGGAAGCCAUACUUGUGAUUUAUCAGCUUUAUGUGUUAAUGAAGAAGGUAGUUACCAUUGUGAAUGCCUGGAUAAUAGUUCCUGUUCUUUAAAUUGUCUUCAUUAUGGGCAGCAGCGUUUAAGUGGAGAAGUGUGGUCCAGUGACUCUUGUACUAGGUGUCGUUGUGUAGAUGGAGUUGUUAUAUGUCAGCCUAUUGAGUGUGAUUGCACAAAACGCAAUACAGAUCUUGAAUGUUGUCCUCACUGUGAUCAUUCGUCAGUUUGUCAACAUCAGGAAGUUCCAAAAUCAUUUCGCAAUGGUGAUCAAUGGAUUUAUCAGUGCCAAACAUGUGAAUGCCUGCAUGGAGAAAUUGAUUGUUGGGAUUUAGAAUGUCCACCUAUCACAUGUGAAAAUCCUAUACAAAAUUCUGGAGAUUGCUGCCCACGUUGUUCCAGUGAUCCUUGUUCCCUUGUUUAUAACAGCACUUACAGCCAACUCAGAGGAUGUGCGUAUAAUGGCUUGGUUUAUAAACCUGGAGAGAAAGUUCCUUUAAUACAAGAUCCAUGCUCCUCUUGCCAUUGUCAAGAUGGAUAUCUGUGCUGCAAAUACAGCAGUUCUUGCCAUGAUAGUGAUGAUUUCGUCACUUCAGAGCUGUUGCAAAGUAACAGCACUGCCAAUGACUCUGAUAUAUCUAAUGAUAGCCAUAAGAAGAACACUGAGGUGGCUGAUAGUAAAACUUACAAUCAUUCCAGCAUCUCUAAUGAUGUUUCUUCCAAGCCUAAAUCAAGGAAAUUAUUAUCACUUCUCUUCCCAACAAUUAAGGACUACUCUGGUUUGGAAAACAUGCAAAAAAGAAUUGAAAGAGAAAGGCACUUUGUAAUUGAGAAAUUCAUGCCUGCCUUUCAUAAUAUAAAGUUGACUUCAGUAUUAGAAGGUGCUGUUGUCAAUGGUGCUACUGCCUCGGGCAUUUUGCCUACUUCAGAAGAAAACAAAACCAACAACUUUGUUAGAGUUUGAAACAUAAAACUUUAUUCUGAUUAGUUUCUGGUAUAGGCAAUUACCAUUCAUGGAGCCAGUAUCUAGAGUGCUAACUAAAACUCAAAACUAGUUUCUUUUUCAUUGAUGGAAGUAGUUCCAGCUAUUUAGAGUUGCCAUGUACCACCAUCAAUUGCUACAUCUGCAGGGCGGAUGCUCAGACCGUACAGUGCUGGCUUAUUGCAUUAAAUAAUUAUUCGUGUCAUUCAGAGGUACCCAAGAUAUGUUUUUCUGUUUUGGGUAUAAGCCAGAGCUGCUGAUCUUAAAAUUUAAAUUGGUAUUGGCAACAUGUUUUGAUAUUUCGUACAGAUGUACUUUUCUUUCAGGGAGUUUUUAUAUAUAUACAUAUUAGCACACAUGCAAAAACUUUUAUUAAAUAAUUUGUACAUAAAAUGUUGACUGCUUGCCUCCAUGCAUUUUGUUAUGUCCUUAAUUUAUUUCAAAUGUAAUUUAAAUGUAAUAUAAAAUGUGUUGAGUGAUAAGACACUGACACUACUGAAGUUUUUUGCAUACAGUAUGUUAUGUACAGGGACCUAGUCCAAAAAAAAAAAUGUGUGCCUCUUAGGCUACUGUGAAUUUUCCAGGUGUGGUCACCAAUUCCACCCUUAUGAAAUCAAGAGCUGGACUCUUGAGUAUACUUUUCUUUGUUUUUGCAUUAACAUCUGACAACACCUAAACGAGGUUUGGGACUGUUAUUUCAUAAUGUUGUCGUUAGGGUGACUAGUCAUUUUGUGUGACCGAAGUAUUGUUACGACUCUUUAUGUUGUACCAAAGAUGUAGCAGGUCCAAACAGAUGCAUUUAAGUAUGUAGUGCCUGGUAGAUAAAAGUGAUGAAGAUCCCUGUUACAAAUUCGGUCAUAAGUUGAUUUACAUUCCAGUACUUCAGAACAAGCUCCAGAUUGCAUCAAUAUUAUCUUCUCUGAAGUUCAAUGCUUGUAGCUGCUGUUCCUAUAAAAACUCGGUGUUUAUGUGCUUACAUUCCACAGCUUUGCUUUGAGUAAUGAAAUUAAAUGGACAAUAGUCAAAGCUUACUUCUCAAUAGCACAAAAAUAGUAUGUAACUAGAUGUAAUGUUCCACACAGAAAGCAGUAGACCUUAAAGAAAAUGUAGAUCACAAAUAUAACCUACUACAGCUUUAUGAGAUCAGGCCUAAGCAAAAAGUCUUCCUCUUAAAGGGUGCUUAUCCCUUUAAACAUCUUUAGAGUAGCUCAUUUUGGUCUUAAUAAGUGUUUUUAUUCAAUGCUCUUUGUUGUUUUAUCUGUUUUAUUCAUAAGCUGUUAUCCGCAUAUGAUCUUAUAAUCUCUAAAUAUUCUGUGACAUUUUUGCACUUGCCUUUUCUAAAUAAAAUAAAUAUAUUAAGUCAUGUAUAAUGCCAUCUUAAAGUUACAAAACAAACUGGUUAGAAUGCAAAUGUUAACAAAUUGAAAUAUAAAUUGAGUAUUAGGUUGGAAGUGUUUUAAGGGUAGAAAAUGUCAUUUUGCAUAAAUAUUUUCACUUUCUUUUCAAAAUGCAGUAUAAUAUUGUGAAUUUCAAAAUUCUGUAAAUUAUUUUCAUUCAUUUCUAAUAUACAUUAUGUCAGAAAUGUAAAUAUUGAGUCCUUAAUAUGUAUGCUUAAACAUACCCGCAAUGGGACUUGUACAGUUUGAUGAAGAAAUUUAUAAUUGAAUACUGAGGCCACAAAAUGUUGCAAAAAUUAAAUGACCGAAUGCUAAGGCCAUUUGCUGGUUAAAAUGUUCCUUUGUAAAAUGUAUAGUUUGAGCAACUUUAAAAACUUUAUGCUAACUUCUGUUUUAAAAUGUUAAAUACUUCAAUUAAAUGCACAAUUUGUAAGACAUAAUUUUUAAUCAAAAUCAUUUCAAUCACUAACAUAUUCUAGGGCUGUUUUAAAAAAUGUUGCAGGCAUUGAAUAUGAUAUACGACAUGUAAUAAAAAAUCUAAAUCCCUUGAUUUUUAGCAAUAUGUAUUUUCAAUACAUUUUGAAAUUUUGGGAGAAGUGUAAAAUUUUAAACCCUUCUUUACAUGUGUGUAUUUCAUAUUUGCUUAUUUGAAAUACUUUGUACUGUUAUUUCAUGUAUCCAUGUAGCUAUGUUUUGUAUUGUUACUAUCACAUAUUCAGCAUUUGAUAAGAAUGUAGUCUUUUAAUUAAUAAGCUUCAAAUUAAUUUCUUGUAUCCUUGAUACUAACCCUUUUUUGUGUUAUAAAAUUAGAAAUAAUGUUAUGCUUAUAAAUACUUGAAUUUUAUCAAAAUAUGUGCAAUCUUCCUUAGUUACUCUAGGGUAAAACUAUAUCGUGAAUUAUUUUUCUAAGGAAAAGAUCUAUUCCCCAUGGAAGAGUUAUGCAUGUGUAAAUUACUUUGUUGAAGAGGGAUCCAGUGACAUUUUUCUUUUUGUAGACUAGUCUUUGUGAAUAGUCAAUACAGUGUUGUACUUAAUGUAUUUUGCCUGAGAGGAAAGCUUAUUAUUGCUAUUUAUAGUCUAUGUCUGCUUUUACCAUAUUGUUACAAACAUAAUGUGUAACACGUUUUUCCUAAGGAAAAAAAAAAUAUAAACUGCUAACUGUACUAAUAACUUAAAAUUGUUGCUUCAUGUAAAUAAAAGUUCUUGUUUCUUUUUAUACAA